AUGUCAUUUUCGCUGCCCACGCCGCUGCCCCUUGGCGUUACCAGCCUCGCGGCAGUCCUGUUACUGCUUCUUCUAGUAUAUAACAUUGGUCUUGCAUUCUAUCGUCUGGUUCUCCAUCCUCUUGCCGACUUUCCUGGUCCGAGAUUGGCGGCGGCAUCGUUCUGGUAUGAAUACUACUAUGACUGCCAUCAGCGCGGACAGUAUGUAUUCAAGCUCGAGCAACUCCACAAACAAUAUGGCCCAAUUAUUCGUAUAAACCCGGAAGAGAUACACAUUUCGGAUCCGGAAUUCUACAAUGAGGUAUACACGAACAAGGAAAAACGCGACGCUUGGGGCUGGCAGCGCAAGGGCUUUGGCUCCGAUCUGAGUACUAUGGCAACCGUGGAUCACGACCUCCAUCGACAUCGCAGAGCGGCUUGGAACCCUGUAUUCUCAAAGCAGAGAAUUGCUCGACUGCAACCGGUAAUUCAAGAGCGUGUCGAUGCCUUGAUGUCAAGAAUGGGACAAGCUGGGCAGAACUGCGACAUUGUCAACUUGAAGCAUGGCCUCGCCGCCUAUGUUGCUGAUGUCGCCUCGCGAUACUUCUUCGAUAUUCCUCAAUGCAAGAUUGAGGAUCCAGACUUCGACCCGGAAUUUCAUGACGCUGUGCAAGAUGGCUUCAACAAUGUCAUGAUCAUGAACCAUUUCCCGUGGCUCAUGGACAUUCUUGUCUUCAUGGCCCAUUACCCUCCGCCUGGACUGUUGAGGAAGUACUUUGUGAGCACGAAAAUGACGAAAUUUGUCACAGUGCUCCGGCUGCUAGGCGAUCAAGCAAAAGCUGUUGCGGCGAGGCCGAUGGCUGCCAAAGAAGAAGCUGCAGGCCAUACAGUCUUUGAUCAGAUCUUAAGCAGUCGUCUUCCACAUCAAGAUAAAACACUCGACAGACUAAAGCAGGACGCCCAAAUGCUGAUUUGUGCGUCCACAUUGAGCACUUCGUGGUCUAUCGGUGUCGCAACCUAUGAGUUGGUCAAACGCCCAAGCGCUCUUAGGAAACUCAAGGAGGAAUUGUCUAUCGCUUUCCCUGACGGUCCGGAGACCAUGAACGAUCUGCCGAAGCUGGAGAGUUUGCCGUAUCUUUCCGCAGUAAUACAGGAAUCUCUGCGCAUUGGCAUCGCAAUCAGCCAUAGAUCUGCUCGCGUCUCUCGAAAGGAAAUGGUAUAUAAAGUCCCCGGUACCUCCGAUGUCUGGGUCAUCCCAAGGGGAACACCCACAAGUAUGUCGCAUGGUCUCAUUUUGCGAGACAAGCGCAUCUUCCCAAGACCUACUGAGUUCAUCCCAGAACGAUGGCUCGACAAUCCUGGUCUGGAGAGAUAUCAAGUGGUAUUUGGCAAGGGCUCGAGGAUUUGUCCUGCGAUAAACUUGGCUACUGCAAUGAUGAUACUACCCAUUGUAUCUAUUUUCGGCCGAUAUGGCUCUCCAGGAUACACGGCGAAGGACGACAUUGGUCGACUCGAGCUGUUUGAGACCGACGACUCCGAUAUUGAGUGUGUCAGCGACGGGAUGAUCGCGAUGCCCAAGAAGGGCUCCAAAGGUAUGAGGUUUAGGGUCACCUCUUUCGAUAGAAACUAG